AUGGACCACUCUAAAGCUUCUAUGUUCCCCUGUUCUUCUGUUCCAGUCACCUUUCGAGAGCCAGAAAACCUGCCCAAAAGGUGUCUGACGUCAAGAACAAUAAGACGAAGGUAACACCUUUCCUAGGAACGCCAGAGUGGUCCCUAAAGGGGUAGGGGGAGAUCAGGCCCUAUAGGAAGGGGAGGGGGGAGGAAUGAAAAGAUCCUGUAGGGACUCAAGCGGUUCCUACAGGAUGUUUUAAUUUUUUGUUCAGAUUUGAAAAUUUGACUCGAACAAUCUCUCCUCUAUUGACAAUAAUCGACUAGCAUGACCCCUACAUGUAAAGUAGCCCCUAGAGGGGUACCUUUACCGGCCCCUAAUUCUAAACCUGAAGGGACCAUUCUGGAGCUCCUAUGAUUCCCUGUUCUUCUGUUCCAGUCACCUUUCAAGAGCCAGAAAACCUGCCCAAAAAGUGGCUGACGUCAAAAACAAUAACACGAAGGGAUAUAUGGAGCCCAGGUGCUUGGAGCUCAUCAGACACGCCGCAGAUGUGCUGCUCCGAACAUCUGAAACACACAUCUGGUCAGUCGACAUCUUCUGCCGCGCCUUAUGCAACCUACCACCAUAUUUCUGUCAAUUUCACCUAAUUUGUUGGAAAGUCAGGAGAAAGAAGAUGAAUUCCUAAAGCCAAGAUGAGGUUUUUGAAGCAAGAGUAAGCUAAAUAAACUUAUUUUGAAGAAGAUUUUUAAAAAGGGGCUUUAAGACCUUCUUGAAUCGCCGGGAAAUUUUAAAGGAGCAUUGGUGGGGUUAAAAAUGGUCUCAACACGAAAUGGUUCUGACUUGUUUUUUUCCUCAAAAAAAAACUCCCAAAAUUAAAAUUCCAGUGUGCCGUCCCCCAAGCUAAAAUAAUUAAUUCAGAAUAAAAUUUUGGACAGGGUUCAUUGAGACCUGAUGAAAUUGUUUUACUCUUCUUGAAAGUUUAAAGAAGCAUGGCUUGGUUUAAAAAUGGUCUCGACACGAAAUGCCUCUCACUUUUUUCUUCUGUACUUUUUUAACACCACAUGGUGCUUAGAAGUUUAGUUUACCUUCAAAAGACCCCCGAAAUUAAAAUUCCAGAGAGCCGUCCCCCACUGUCACCAUUAGCAUAGAGAUUUGUUCAUAAAAAUUUCCCUUUUUCAGCUUUUUUUUUAUUAUUUUCCAGACCAUGAACCACAGAGAACCCCGACCUAAUUGCAAAUUUCUAUCAUCCCAAAAAAUCUACAAAGGGCCUGACCGACUUUGGAAAAAACGGAGCGUUCCUCAACAGCUGUUCUUUUUGUCAAAGGCGGGAAAGUUCCAACCGAUCCUGACAGCCCUUUUCCGGAGUAACAGACCCGGAGACAUAUUGUACAAGGCUUCGGAGCAGACGUCAUCUGCUCUUUCUCGUUAUGAACAUUUGGGCCGAGCAGCUGCUUUCCGAAGUGGAAGAGCUUCUGGCCCCUGGGAGGAGCGACCGAAAUGA